AUGUACCUUGAUGCCCAUGUAGACUUGAAGCAGUUUACCUCAAGGAUACCAACUCGCAACAUGAUUCAGCGCAUGGAAACCCUGACCUACGAGGACUUCUCUGAAAACUGGACCGAUACCCCUUUCGUUCUUACCAAAUACAUCCAGAAAUGGCCUGUUUGCCAAAGCUGGACUAUCGAUACCAUAUCGAAACGCUACCACGAUGUAGAGUUCCGCGCAGAGGCUGUUGACUGGCCCUUUUCGAUAUACAACGAGUACAUGAACAAUAACGACGACGAGAGCCCUCUCUACCUAUUCGACAAAAAGUUCGCCGAAAAGAUGAAGAUCACGAUUGGCCAAGAGGAGGGGGCGGCUUAUUGGAAGCCGGAGUGCUUUGGCCCGGAUUUGUUCGAGCUUCUGGGAAAGGAACGGCCUGCCCAUCGCUGGCUCAUCAUCGGGCCUGAACGGAGCGGAUCAACUUUCCAUAAGGACCCCAACGGUACGAGUGCAUGGAACGCGGUGAUCCAAGGUGCGAAAUAUUGGAUCAUGUUUCCACCCACGGCUAUGGUCCCCGGAGUGAUUGUCUCGCAGGACAGCAGCGAGGUCACCAGCCCCUUGAGCAUCGCAGAAUGGCUUCUCGAGUUUCAUGCAGAAGCACGUCGGUCACCCGACUGCGUGGAGGGUAUCUGCCAAGAGGGGGAAAUUCUACAUGUGCCUAGUGGAUGGUGGCAUCUAGUGGUCAAUUUGGAAAGCGGAAUCGCACUGACCCAAAACUUCGUGCCGAAGAACCAGCUCUCCGAAGUUAUAUUGUUCUUAAAGGACAAGCCAGACCAAGUUUCUGGUUUCAAGCAAGAGGUAGCUGAUCCAUACGCAUUGUUCAUUGAGCGACUCCGCCAGGAACAGCCGGACCUGUUAGAACAGGCUCUUCUGAUUUUAGAGAAGAAGAGCAUCCAGAAAAAGAGGAAGUGGGAGGAAGCAGUAGGCGGAAACCAAGCAGAGGCCAACGGAGGUGGUUUCAGCUUCGGAUUCGGGGAUGACCUGGAUGAUGAAGAAAUCCCUUGA